ACAGAUGUGUUAGUAAAUUAAAAUGGCGACGAUUUGUGAAUAUUGAAUAGACCUCUAGAGACAGACGUAUUUUAAUAAAAUAUCUUUCUAAAGAGAUUUACUUAUCUUUGAAUAAAAAUCGUGCUAUUAAUAAUACACAGAAUUUUCCAACAUGCGAUCAGUGGUGGAAAUUGGGGCUAGUGUCCCAGCCUUUUUGGGAAAAUUAUGGAAAUUGGUUAAUGAUUCAGAGACAAAUCAUUUGAUUUCAUGGAGCCCUGGAGGGAAAACUUUUGUCAUAAAGAAUCAAGCAGACUUUGCCAGAGAAUUAUUACCACUGUAUUAUAAACACAAUAACAUGGCCAGCUUCAUAAGGCAGUUAAAUAUGUAUGGCUUUCAUAAAAUAACAUCAGUUGAGAAUGGUGGAUUAAGAUAUGAGAAAGAUGAGAUUGAAUUCUCCCACCCAUGUUUCAUGCGAGGCCAUGCCUAUCUAUUGGAGCACAUUAAAAGAAAGAUUGCGAACCCCAAAUCAAUUGUUGCGAGCAAUGAAAGUGGUGAGAAAAUUCUUCUAAAGCCCGAGUUAAUGAACAAAGUAUUAGCGGAUGUGAAACAAAUGAAAGGCAAACAGGAGAGCCUUGAUGCUAAGUUUAGUGCCAUGAAGCAGGAAAAUGAAGCACUAUGGAGGGAGGUUGCAAUUCUACGACAAAAACAUAUCAAACAACAGCAAAUUGUAAACAAUCUAAUACAAUUCCUGAUGUCUCUCGUCCAACCAACAAGAGCUCCCAACUCGAGUGGCAAUAAUGUGGGUGUCAAACGACCAUACCAGCUGAUGAUAAACAAUGCUGCCCACAAUUCAGCAACAGAAGGUUACCCUGGCAGAUUGAAGAACAUGAAACUCGACAAGGAUGCUCUCUUAGAAGAAUUGGCAGAAGACAAUUUGGAGGAUGGACCAACUAUUCAUGAACUAGCUCAUGAUGAUAUCUUACACAGUGAAGCAUCUCAGGAUUCAUUGGAUCCAUCUAGAUAUGUGUAUGUAUCUGUCUUGGAUUCUGAAAACCGGACAGCAAACAAAAAUACUGAUCCAGCACAGUACCAUGUCACAAUGGAGGAUGGGGAUGAUAUAGAAACAGAUCGUGCAAGAUUAUCAUUUCCAAUAAACACUACAGGCUUCUUAAGGAUACCUGACACACAACCUAUAGUUUCAUCACCAUCUCCCACGUCCGCGUCACCAUUGACCAAUCCUAUUGAACAAGCUGUCAAUAGUGUGGUCACCUCGCCUGGUACAUCAAAGCCAAGGACUGGCAGUAGCCCGAAAACUGUACCAUCUCCAAAGAUUUUACUGUCACCGAGCAAUUACCACAUUAUUAACCCGUCAGCUGACUUCAAGCUUCCCGCCGAGAUCUUUGCAAGUGAUGAUUCCAUUAGCGAUGCCGGUGUCAACACAGCAGAAGAACUCUCCGGUGUCAACACUCUUCAAGAUCAACUCUCAGGCGAACAAAUGACAAAAGACAAAAUGUUAGGUGGAAUCAAUAUUAAAGUUGAGAACAGUGGCAAAAGGAAUUUCAAAGUUGCUAAGAAAGCAAAGAAAACUAAGGAACAAAGUCCGUGCCCGUUGAACUUAGCUGACAUUAAGACAGAACUUCAGGACGAUCUAGACUGGAACAAUAUGUCCUUGGCUACUAUGAACAAUAACUCUAAUAGGUUGCAGGCUAUGUAUAGGAGAGAUAACAUCAAUCAAAAUCGGGAAGAUUAUCCUUCCCACUUUGGAACAAAUCCACACAACAACAAGAAUGACAUUGACGACCAUUUAGAUACAAUGCAAACAGAUUUGGAAUCACUCAGGGAGCUGCUCAGAAGCGACUCCUACUCGUUGGAUACGAACACGUUGCUAGGGAUUGAACAAAGUGUAAGAUCAACAGUUUCUCACCAUACCAAAGACAAUCUUUUCGGAUCGGAUGAUCCAUUUUAUGGGCUCUCUUACAACUCGUCGGAUGAACGAGCAAAGACCAACAAUGCUGCAAAGAAGCUGAAAGGUGAACUUUCGAAUGUAAGCAGCGGCGAAAUUCGCAACCAGAGCCCCUUUGACGAAGACGAUGCUGAGGGGAGUCAGUUAAUAUCGUAUACAGGGAAUCUUCCAGACUUUGGGGAUAUAAGUAUUCCCGAGCUGGACGCCGAGAAUUCCCAGGAGGCGUGUCAGUCGCCGCGACCGGGCAGCUCCAUGCUGAACACUCCGCAGGUGACACUGCAGUCCCCCUCCUACCCCGUCCGGCCGUGAACUACGUUGCACGGGACAUGGCAUACCAUGACUUGUAGACUCUUGUGUAGAAUGCGUCUAAGAGCGACAACGCACUAACGGCCAGCCGCAAUGCGGUGCGCCGUUGCAGCAGCCCGCAUAUCUAUUUUAUUAUGAAAUCGUAUAAUUUCAACGCACUGACGCACUGGCCGUCAACCGCUCCGGUUGGCGCGAGACUGCGGCGUGCCGUAUCAGUUGAAAUUGCGCUUUGCCGGAAUGCGGCAAAGCGCAUGGCUUGCGGUCCGCCGUGCGGCGUGCCGCAUUCGGCUAGCCAUUAGUGCGUUGUCGUUAUGUAGCGUAUAUGUGACUAGGCUAUGCUUGUGAGGUGUGGAUGUGCUAAAGAGCCAUUAUUCGCGAAUUGAACAGAAGCUGAUGUUACUUUUCGGUAUUUAAUUGUUCAAAUUAUUAAUGAAUGCCUUUGCCUAUUCUCCGCGACAAUACGAAUCUAAACGACUUUACCCAGUUACUUGAAAAUCAAUUUAAUUUUUUUAAUUUGCAAAGUUUACAUCGCAGACUUGGGGGUUAAAAACAUAUUGCAAUCAGAAAUCUUCUGAGGUGAAAGUUGCAUUUCAUAUAGGCAAAUCGCAAAGUGAGUCCACGGCUGCGCGGUACAGAGUAUAACAGACAAGCAGACAGACGAACUUAUCUGUCGGUAUACUUACCACACCCUUACGCGGGAGAGGAGUCCAAUGUGUAGUUUGUCUAUCUAACUUAUUCUCUGUGCCCAAUUUCGAUCAACUUCGAGAAUAGUAAAGUGCUCUCCCUAAAGCACAUCAACAUCGCCACAAGGUUGAGUUCGUUCCGCGAAGUUUUUGCUCUCGGUUUGACAAUACCAUAAUAUAUUGCAGAUAUUUAGCAUGUGAAGGUAUAAUACAUUUGUAGUGUAUUUGGUUUACUUGUAUAUUUUUAAUGUACCUAAAUAUUGUUACACAGUGUACUUUGAUUAAGUGAAAUGACUUAAGGUUUACGAAUACUGCUUAGCAAGUUAUAUUUUAUGUAAGCCUAUAGUUAUACCUCUAGCUCGCGCCUAGAAGUUUAAAUUAUAGUCUUUGAUUAUAUAGUGUCACUUUAAUUAUACAGACACUAUAUAAUCAAAGAAUAUAGUUAUGUAGCAAUUUGAAUUUAAUGUUGAAUGUGUUAUUUUAAAACUCUUUAAUAAUUAUAAGUACAGACAAGAGGUAUCAGCAGUACACACACUAACGUUAAAUUUUGGCUCGCUUGCCAGGGCGUUGGCGUGAGGUAUAUCAAACAAUUAGUGCUGGGCAUUAAUAAAAAUAAAAAGUUAACUUCAGUAUUCAGCUAACAGAUUAAACGCAAUUUUGAUCAUAUCAACAUGAGAGUUGAUGUCUGGUGAAAACGCUAAAGAUAUUCGAUCCUAUUUAUUUGUCUUUAAUUGAUUGUAUGUAUUUGACGAAAGCCUAUAAAAGGAGGAGGUUAUAGGUUAUAUAUGUUUUUUGGCACACAUAUUGGAUCGAGUGUGAAAGAUUAAAACUUUUAGCCCCGUGAUCUCAGACUAAAUACAUAAGGGCCUGCCUCGCUAGAAGUUACUAUUCUGACAAACUAUAUGAUCAACGAUCUAAUGCGAUUAUAAAAACAGUCUAUAUGUUCGUCGGUGAAAACCUUCCUCAAAAAUACCUUUUUGUGUAGUUGAAAAACAAUUCUGACCGUUUUUCAACUACACAAAAAGGUAUUCUAGCUUAGUAUAAGAUGCUUACCAAUCUAAGCUCGUUUUCUUCAAAAAAUUACAGACAAUUUUGUUCGUGAAUUGAGGUGCUAUACUGGUCCUUAUGUAUUUUUUCUGAGCCCGUGAUUGUAUUAGAAUUUGGUGCAGGGUGUAUCAGGGUGGGCAAGAGGCACAGGUUCCAAGUUAUUCGACAAUGAAUAAACUUACUUAUUAAUUAAUUAAUUAAUUACUAUCGAACUUACCCUCGCCUCCUCGCACCCCUUUGUCGUCUUAUCCCCUGUACCACGCGGUCGAGGACUGACUUAUAUGGAUAUUCGCUUGUGUUUCCUUUAACAGAAUACGCAUUUAAUUUAUAAUAUAUUUUGCCAUUGCAAAUAACUAUACCCGAUGUAUUAAAGUUACAAUAUUAUUUUCACUGGUCGCUCUAGGAUAAGUACAUACCUGUGUUUAAUUCAAUGUAACUUACAAAAAUUAAAUAGAUUUUCUACGGCAAACGGAAUUGCAAAUUAAUUUUGUUGCACAGUGCCUUAAACUGUAGUAAUUGAUACUUUUAUACGGCGGUUCCAAUAAUGCACUUGAUCAUUUUUUUUAUUCUUUUAAACUUAGCUCUAAAAUACCUACUAUGUUUUUUUCAGAUUCGUUCUGCAAUUGAAAUGAUUCAGUAUACCAUAUAAAAUCUCAAAUAUGUAAUUGAAUACUUAAUAAUGUUAUUUUACAUUAUAUAACCAUUGUAAUAUUUUAAUUAAUUAGACGAACAAAUUGAGUUUAUAAAGUGAUGCGUGUUGGUUACUUAUAAAUAAUGAAAUUAGUGUAUUUGGACUAUCAUAUUAACCGAUCUAAAUUAUGUAUGUCCUACUCGUAAACGUCUAGGAAAUAUUAAAAUAAUUUUAUUAUUUGUAUGUUAGCCAGACUCUCAUAAUAUAAAUUAAUUUUAUUGUAAAUCACAACAAAUUUAAAUUAAGAAAUGUAUUGUAUAAACAAAGAAUUGUUGUAGGUAGGUAUAUACAAAACCUAUGAAAUACCUACUUAUGGCAAUAUUUUAUCUGUGACCUGAUCACGUUAGGCUGUUGAAUUUUUGAAACAAUCUGAAUCAACCGAAAAGCGAAUGUGUUGCAACUUUUUUGCGAAUCACGAUGGUGGUAACUCAAUAUGCAGUCUUAGAAAGAAGAGCGCUCAUAAACAUGUCCCAAUUUUGUAUGGCGGCUGGGCCUUUCAACUGCCUGUCAACUAAGCAGAACAAAUUAAUUUUAUUUUAAAAGAACAUAAAAUAUAGGGCUUAAAAACCAAAAUGAAUAAAUUUUUGAAACCGCAUUUUUUUUAAUUAAUUAAAAAAAUGUAUUUUUAUUUAUUAGCUGACAACGUUAAUUAAGAAUUUUUAUCGUGGCAACAUGCUUGUAACUCAAACCCUGACAGAUUGUCAGAGAUCUUCACUUAUUAGCGUUCGUUUAUGGCGUUUUUAAAGCAAUUUAAUUAAUUUUUUUUGUUUAAUGCUUCUCUGUCUACGAUUUAAUAUUUCUUUUUAACUUGUGUCUUAUUGACAAUUGAAAAUAUUACAUGACAUUGACAGCUUACACCGGAUAUUAAUUCAAUUCCAGGUAUUUUUAUUGGCUGUUUUGAACAGUUUUAUUGUAUUGUCUAUGUUUAAUUUGUAGACAAGGGAGCGGUACAAAACAAAAUAUUUGUCUAAUUAAUGCGGGUUCCAAAAAGUUCCGAAACGCACGCUUCUAUCGGUUGGCUGAACUUGUUAACCUGUAAAAAAAUUACGUCACUUUCGAACGUUUCAUUUAUUAUUUAAUUUUCCGGGGAUUUUAAACACCAUUAAGGCGAAACGUACAAAGAAAUAUCCAAAUGCAUAUUCUCUAUUGUAAAAGUGUUCCCCGGAUCCUGGACCAUACAUAAUACAAGCUUGGACGCGCAUUUAAAUUUUCCAAAGUUAAUCAAACAGCCCUAACGUGAACAGUUCAUGAAUCAAUUAGUGUAUAUUUAAUUCUGAUUUAUUGUAUAGUGAAAAAUAAUUAAUAUAGAAUAAAUUAGUAAGUUGUUUGUUAAUAAUCUAAAAUUUAUAUGUUGUUAUUAUUCUGUAUGUAUGUAUAUAUUUUUGGGUUUUGAGUAAAUGUUUAAAAGCGUUUCUUCAUGUAUAAUUGAUUUGUGAAUACAGUUUUUGGUUGAGUUUCUUUUUCAUUACAUGAAAAUUGGAAUGCGGAAUGCAUAUUUGUAAUGUAAUUACUGAUUAUUUGAGUGAUUACAAUUCUCUUAACAUUGAUAUCAAUUAAUAAUAUUUCAUUGUUUUUCGAAACGGCUGUUAGUGUAAGUGUUCAUUUACACGAGCGGCAGCUGCUACCGACUGCAGUCGAUUGCCGUUGGCUGCCGCCGAGACGUCGCUGACUGCAGUCGGCGACGCCGUCGCCUGCCGCUGAGACGUUGACAACUGCAGUCGACUGCGGUCGUCGGUAGAGUUGCCGCUCGUGUAAAUGAAUCCUUAGACGGGCGUGGUUCACAACAAUAUCGCAGUUCACAACAAUAUUUAAAACAAUCGUGUUUAAAAUUACCUACUGGUACUGGACGCGUGACGUCAUAAGAGCCCUUGCCAGUAUGGUGAAAGUUCCGGCAAUAAAAAUAUAUACCCUCACCUGUGCUAUGUAAAUAUAUACCCUCAUUAGUGCUAUGAAAUAAAUGAAAGAUAAUGUACACAGUGUCACAAUGCAAAUAGGUUGCCUAGCUGGUUGCUAAAUUACGGCCAAAAUUUUUCAUACAACAUAGGAAACCAUGAACUUGAUCAAAGGUAACCUAAUUCAGUUAAAUUAAGCAUAAAAUAAGCUUUUAUCUGACAUAAUCAUCUUCACUAAGAUUUAAAAAGUACUGUGCGUUUUUAGACGAAUUUAGAUAGAAUUAGAAUUAGAAUUUAGAGAGAUACUUUACGAGCUAAUGUGGAACUAAAUAUCAUUACUUAACUGUUUAUAUCUGGCAACCCCACAGUUGCAGUGUGGAGGCAGGCAACCUUUACUUUUUCAAUUCUUUUGGGUACUACUAAUAUACUUGUGUACGAUUUUUUUUUAAUUAACCAAUGAGGAAAGAGAUUAAAUAAGUUUAAAAAAAUAAUCUUUUUAUACUGAUCGGCCGCAAUUUAGCAAGCCAGCCUCUGAAUAGUACAUAAUUAUUUAUAAUACAUCUACUAAGCAUAGAUAGCUUUAUUGGGCAGGCGUUCUUAAAUCGUCGCGCGAUUAUUAC